AUGGCCAGUGAGCACGGUGCGUUGAGCUUCAAGGAGAAGAUUCCACACAGCAUCACUGAGUGGGUGGGGAGCACCGUGUGCAUACACUCGGAGGACGGUAUCGGCGUCUCGGAUCCAGCGAAGAUCAAGGCGUUCCAGCCUUUCUUCGCAUCCUUCAACCUGCCUUAUUCGGUGGUGCGCGGAGAGCUCGUGGCCGUCAAAGUGUCCGUGUUCAACUAUCUCGAAAAGUGCCUGCCGGUCGACCUAAGGUUGGCUGAGUCCGCGGACUACCAUAUCGAGGGCGAGUCGGAGACAAUGCUUUGCGUGUGCGGCAGCAAGAGUCAGGUGCACAAGUUCCAGAUCAGACCGCAGAACAUCGGGGAGGUGAACUUGACUGUGUCGGCGUCCGGAUCGCAGAGCGACACCGCCUGCGGACAGCAGCCCACCGAGAAGGUGGUGGCCAGGGAUGCCGUAACUAGGCCUCUCAUCAUUGAGGCUGAAGGCUUUGAGAAGGAAGAGAGUCGGAGCGUGUUCGUAUGCCCUAAAGAGAACUCGGCGAAGAGCGAGUUCGACUUGGUCCUUCCUGAAGACUUGGUGGAGGGAUCCGCUCGCGCUUACGUUUCCGUAACAGGAGAUAUCAUGGGCCCCGCAAUCAAGAACCUGGACUCGUUGGUUCAAGUGCCUACGGGAUGUGGAGAGCAGAACAUGGUCAAGUUCACGCCCAACGUCUACGUGCUCGACUACCUGAAGGCUACAGGAAAGAACCAAGAAGAAACCGAAAGGAAAGCAGUGAACAACCUCAAAACAGGUUAUCAGCGCCAGCAGAAAUACAAGCACUCUGACGGCUCCUACAGCGCCUUCGGAAACAUCGACUCAUCGGGUAGCAUGUUUCUCACGGCGUUCGUAGUGAAGUCAUUCAAGCAGGCCGAGAAGUACGUCCUGAUUGACGCCGGAAACCUGAACGAGAGCAUCAAGUGGAUCAUAACUAAGCAGAAGACCAACGGCUGUUUCCAGAACGUCGGCACUGUUCUGAGCUCAGGCUUGAGGGGCAAGGUGAACUCAACUGCACCGGGUGCACUCACGGCAUACGUGCUGACAGCUCUGUUGGAAGGCGGCCUCGCUGACGCUCAAGUCGUAGAGCCUGCGCUGCGCUGCAUCAGCGCCCAACGUGAUCCGAGCGCCCAUAACCUGGCGCUGUCUGCCUACGCCGCUGCACUGGCCGGAGACGAGUCCGCCAAGGCUUACCUCGAGAAGCUCGAAUCUAUUGCAGAUCACAAGGGUGGCCUUACAUACUGGAGCAACGCCGGCAAGAAGGGGCCUUCAGCGUCGGCCGACGUGGAGACGGCGGCGUACGCGGUGCUGGCCUACCUCAAGCUGAACCCAGAGGAGAACCUGAAUAAGGCACAGCCAAUUGUCCGCUGGAUGGCAACCAAGAGAAACAGCCGCGGAGGCUUCCCGUCUACGCAGGACACAGUGCUCGGCCUUCAGGCUUCUGCGUUCGCCACCUUUGUCAGCAAGGAUCCUGUGGACAUCACAGUUAAAGUUGACGGCAACGGCAUUACCGAGUCUUACAACCUGAAGGAGGACACUAAGCUGGUGGUACAAGAGAAGAAGGUCGUGAAGUUGCCCAACAAGCUUACCUCAGAAGCAACGGGUCCCGGAUGCGCUUUGGUGUCGACCACAUUGAAGUACAAUGUUCACGCGGCAUCCAAGAGCGAAGGCUUUGAGCUUACGGCCACUCCGUCCCAAGAAGCAACAGACUGCAGCGACCUCAAGCUCAAUAUUUCCAUCAGGUACGAUGGCAAGCAGCCCUCUAACAUGGCAGUGCUGGAGCUCAAGCUUCUCUCCGGCUACGUCCCUGACGAGAACCACAUACACAGCCUAUACCGUGAGAAAGGCGUCAAGCUGAAGAGGCACGAAGUUGAGAAGAACCAAGUCAACUUCUACUUUGAGGAGAUAACCUCAGAAAACAAGCGCUUCGACGUUCGCCUCCACCGCGAGUUUGCCAUUGAAGACGCGAAGCCCGCCACAGUUAAGGUCUACGACUAUUAUGAGCAAGAAAACAGCAACUCUGUGCCUUACUCCCUCGUAGUGCCCUGCUAGUAAACAUCACUCACCAUUUAUUUUCAACAUUUAUUUU